UGUUUCCGACAAGUUCGGCAGGACGAAUCUCAGAAGCAAAUAUGCAAUUGGAGCCACAUUAUUUAACUACUUUUACUUUAUGAGGUCUUCUGCUAAUGAAAGCUCCAUUAAACAAACAAAAAAAACUGAAAUCCUGUUCAGUGAACCAGAACAAUUAAAAAGGAAAACCAGAGCUGGGUAUGGAAGCAGGGGUACCUUAAUCAAACUACCUACUAAUAAGCUUUGCAAACCAGAAAUCUGCGCAGCCAUGGCUGCAAAAAUACCCACAAACUGCGUUGUUAUUAUGGUUCUGGGUUUCCUAAUUCCAUUAAUUGCAGGGCACGGAGGAGGCACUGAAUCAGCCGGUGAUGUGAAGCCCAACUUAAGAGAAAAAUCUUUGAUUGUGGUAAAAAUCUGCUGUCUCAUUAUCGUUUUCACAGUGACCUUCGCUGGAGGAAUAUCUCCCUAUUUUUUCAGGUGGAAUCAGAUGGUUAUUUCGCUGGGCACUCGAUUCGCAGGAGGGGUUUUCUUGGGGACGGCCCUGAUGCAUUUCUUGAGCGAUUCUGUGAAAACGUUUGAAGAUUUGACAGAGAAAGAGUAUCCCUUCUCAUUCAUGCUCUGCACUGCGGGAUAUCUGCUCACUAUGCUGGGUGACCUGGUUGUUGCCUGGGUUAAUGGCAAGCGAACCAAGAGAAUAGAAGUUAUCCCUGUGCAGGAUCCUGCUCCUCUGCAAACAAUAGACGGUCAAGGAGAAUCCCCUGCGCAUGACAGAGACACAACACUUGAUUUUCAGGAAGCGAGGGGCAAGGCACCAUUGGAUAGUUCAGCUUCAUUAGGAGACAGUUUAUUACUGAUAUUGGCACUCUGCUUUCACUCUCUCUUCGAAGGAAUCUCUAUCGGGGUUGCAGAAACGAAAGCAGAAGCAUGGAAAACACUGUGGACAGUGUCUCUGCACAAGAUAUUCGCAGCAAUUGCAAUGGGGGUAGCACUGUUGCAGUUAAUUCCAAACAGGCCAUUCUUAUCAACAGCCGCCUAUUCCUUUGCGUUCGCCAUAUCCUCCCCAAUAGGUGUUGCGAUCGGGAUUCUAAUCGACGCCACCACAGAUGGACGUUUGGCGGAUUGGGUUUUUGCCAUUACAAUGGGUUUUGCUUGUGGAGUCUUCAUUUACGUUGCCGUAAACCAUCUCCUGAGCCGAAAUCAUCAUGACUCUGAAAACCAUGAGAUUCCAUCUGACAAACCAUUUUACAAUUUUUUGGCUGUUGUUCUUGGUUCUGGAUUGAUUGCAGUGGUGAUGAUUUGGGAUUAGAGAAUCAAACCAAAGGUAAAAGAUAAUGAUUUAGUGGGUACUCUUUAUGUUUCUCAGUUCUGGUGUGGUCUGCACUGUAUGUAGGCUUUUCUGUUGAAUAUCUGAAAAAUGUCUCCAAGGCCAUAGGGCUGACAGAAUAUACAUUGGGAAUCGUUUAGCAGUAAUGAGUUGGCUUAGAAAGUUGCGAGGCAACUUUGCCCCCAAUUGCUUCGGUCUUACAGAGGAUUGUUUCAGAUUGAAUGCCGAUCUGCAAUUUCAUCUCCAUCUACCCUGUGAUGUGGAAAUUUACUUCAACCUCCUACGCUUGUAACAGCUGGUAAUUUGCAGUUAAUGUGACCUUGUAAAAUGUCUAUUGCCUUUCCCAUUUUCAAGAAAUUUAAUAGAAUCCAGAAAUUGUAAUCAGUGUAUUUAGCUAUUUGAAAAUUGAUUUAAAUUAUGAGCAUUUAAUAAUAAUGAGAUUAUAUUUUGAUC